AUGGACGCCUGGUCGAGUCCAUGGGGUGACGACCCCGUCCAGCCUGUUGCGUCUACAUCCAAGCGCAUCGACACGGACGCUACCUCGGCGCUGGAACCGUCAUCAAGGCCGCCCGCUUUCUCGUCACUGAGUUCCUUUGAUGCCUCCGAUCCAUGGUCUACCGAUGUUGCAACACCGGCCGCCGAGUCAAAUCCUUUGCCAGACGCCGAUACGUCAGUACCAUUAAACGAGCAGGUAUCUGUAGCGGCAGACGAAAUUGCUUUUUCGAGCAGCCCCUAUGCUUCGGCCAGUUGGGGCGAUGCGUCCAGUCUUCCAGCGAUCAAAACGGACGAUGCUCCAUCACCGUCUCAAGCCGCUGCCCCUCCGUCUGAUCAUGACGAACAAUCACCAACAGCACCCAGCCGACAGCAGUCACUUUCGUCUUACGAUCCUUGGGCAGCCGACUCUAGCUCUACGGGCUGGAAUGAUCAGCCAGGCUUCGCCUCUUCCGCAACUGUCCGUUCAGAUCCAGAGUCACAGUCCACCGCUUGGGGUGCGUCCGAGUUCAGCACUCCUCUACCGAAUCGCCCGAUACGCGACCUUGCAACCACACAAGGUGCCGAGACCGACGACCAGCAACAAACAGGUGCAGGUGGAAACUUGGAUGUAUGGGCAGCAGAAGCCUCUUCUCGCGACCAGAAAGCCCGCCAUCUGGAUCGAGAAGCGAUCGACAGACUCAAAGUUGACGCUCGGAAGCUCAUAAGUAGCGUCAAUACAGAAGAGCGCACGCAAGCCAGCUUUGCAGACCCCAGCAUCGGUGAAGCAGCAUGGACGGACCUCUUCGGCAGUCAAGGCACCCAGCGUGAUAAGCUUCAUCUACUACAGUCACCACCCUCAUCGCUCAUCUCCUCCAACGGCGCGCUGCGUCUGCAUGGCCCGCUUCCUACACCCGCGACCUCAGAUCGACUACGAAGCUCGAUUUCCAACACCGAACAUCGCGGCGUAAAGCUGACGUCGCUGGACAACACUUCCAGCUGGCAGAGGGGCUCUCGACCACUCACCAAAGCAGACUGGCUUCCCGACCACAUGGCCGGCGAAAUUGAUGGUCUCUCUCUUUCGAGCACCAACAGCAAUGCCGAGCUCUCUGCGCCUGGCACCAUGUCUGGGCCUGGUUGGGCGCAGACUUCGAGCAACGAGAACCGAUCCACCUCUGGCCCGAGCUUUCUUUCUUCCUUUUUCAAGGGUCGACAUCCGAGUGCUGCUGCUACUGCUGCAAUCAACUCUCAGGAGAAGGAGUCCAGAAGCUCUUCCUCGUCUUUUGAAGCCGCGGCCCGCACCUCUACCAGUGCACAAUUCGAACCGUAUCAAGACAACGCGGCAAGCAGAUACACCGAUGAUCCUACAGGUCCUGAUCUCAUGUCGCUCCAAACGGCCGCUGCAACUCAACCUAUUUCCCCACCGAGUGUAGCUCCAGCUGUGGCACCGGCGCAAGGUCCUGGCCUGCUAAGCAGAUGGAGGAACAGCGGUCUGUUCAAGUCGACUGGCAAGAAGCAAAAUCCGAACUGGGCGUCAUCAUCUCUACGAGCAGACGAUCUGGAUUGGCUCGAAGAGCAUGAGAGCAACGACUCGAGGACGGAAAGAUACCACUACGAUGACGAAGAUGCCGAAGACUCAUUUGCGAGCUUUCAGAAUUCUGCUCCACGGCCGGUGUCUGCGCCAGCGCGAAAUGUAGCCCCACCAGCCGCCAAAGCAGUCGAUCCGUUCGACAACCUGUUCGGACCAGCAGUUCAGACCAGUCUCAACUCCGGCGCAGGCGCAUCCGCCACAUCGUCGGCACGCUCGAGCCUGUCAGCCGGUCGCAUGAGUGGCGAAGGCGGCAUGAUGACCAUCAACACCAACUUGGCACGAGCAAACAGCCUGGCAAGGAAGAGUGCCGCAUCACCGCUCCAGCCACCGCCUCAGGCGCAGAACAAGAGGCUGUCGUUUGCGCCACCUCCCCGCGCCAAUGCCGGCUCACCUAUGCUCGCAAGUCCAGCUAGCACGUCAAGUCAGAGACCGGCGCAAACCAUCUCCGAUCCUUUUGCCGACUUUCUGAGCGAUCCACCUCCGCAGCAGAGUACCGGACCGAAUGCUUCCAAGAUACCCCCCGGACCGACAAAGCCUAGCGCACCGUCAGCGAAUGGCAAAGGAGGUGGUUUGACUGCCGAUGAUUUGCUGUUCUUUGACAGUCUCUGA